AUGCGGCCGGAGGGCGCAGGAAUGGAGUUCGGCGACUGCGAGGAGCGCCUGCCAGAAGAGAGCAGGAGGGAGCACUGGCAGUUGCUGGGUAAUUUGAAGACUACUGUUGAAGGUUUGGUGUCAGCCAACAGCCCCAACGUCUGGUCCAAGUAUGGUGGCCUGGAGCGGCUUUCCAGGGACAUGCAGAGCAUCCUUUAUCAUGGGCUUAUCCAUGACCAGGUUUGUUGCCGCCAAACAGAUUACUGGCAGUUUGUGAAAGACAUCCGGUGGCUCAGUCCCCACUCGGCCCUUCAUGUGGAGAAGUUCAUCAACUUGCAUGAGAAUGGCCAGAGCAGCACUGAUGGUGUGAGCGAGCGUGCCGUUGCAGAGUUGUGGCUGCAAUACAGCUUGCAGUACCACUGUCUCUCAGCCCAGCUCCGGACUCUGCUUGGGGAUAGACAGUAUAUCAGAAAAUUCUACACAGAUACUGCUUUCCUGCUAAGCGACGCUCACGUCACGGCCAUGCUCCAAUGCCUGGAAGCAGUGGAACAGAAUAACCCCCGCCUCCUGGCUGAGAUUGAUGCAUCUAUGUUUGCCAGGAAGCAUGAGAGCCCAUUGCUGGGGACAAAGAGCCAGAGCCUGACAGCACUGCCUGGCUCCACAUACACCCCUCCAACCAUCUACACUCAGCAUUCUUACUUCAGGUCCUCCAACGUCCACCAUGGUACAGAGAGAAAAUCUUCCUUUUCACUCUCUGGUCCUUCCCGGAAACCUCAAGAAAGCAGAGAGCACAUCUCACCUGCAGAGGAUCAACGUGGUCAAGCCUCUCUACUUUCCAUCUCUGCAUUAGCAAGGGAUUCCCAAUUAUCCCCAAAUGAGAUGAGCUCCAGCACUCUGACCAGCCCCAUAGAGGCAUCCUGGGUCAGCAGCCAGAAUGAAUCCCCAUGUGAUGCCAUUGAGGGGCCUGAGUACCUGGCCAUCGGCAACCUGGACCCCCGGAGCCGGGCCGCCAGCUGUCAGAGUCACAGCAGCAAUGCUGAAAGCAGCAGCUUCAAUUUGUUUUCUUCCAGCAGCUCCCAGAAGCCAGAUUCUUCUCCUUCUUUCCUAAGGGACCAGGAGGGAGGUGGGCAGACCCAGCUGUCUAGUGUUCUUCGCAGGUCCAGCUUCUCAGAGGGGCAGACACUCACUGUCACCAGUGGAACAAAGAAGAGCCACACUCGCUCUCAUUCAGAUACCAACAUUGUCUCCAGGGGAGCCCCAGAGUCCUGCAAUGAUAAGUUGAAGUUAAGAGGUUCCUUGCCUUACUCUGGCCAAAGCAGCGAAGUCAGCACACCCAGCUCUCUGUACAUGGAGCAUGAAGGUAGUCAGUACCUGUGCUCAGGGGAAGGCAUGUUCCGACGACCAUCAGAAGGACAGUCCCUCAUCAGCUACCUCUCUGAGCAGGACUUUGGCAGUUGUGCAGACCUGGAAAAGGAGAAUGCCCACUUCAGCAUCUCAGAGUCCUUGAUUGCUGCCAUUGAGCUCAUGAAGUGCAACAUGAUGAACCAGUGCCUGGAAGAAGAAGAGGAGGAGGAAGACAGUGAUAGAGAGAUCCAGGAACUAAAACAGAAGAUUCGCCUUCGCCGCCAACAGAUCCGCAAUAAGACUUUGCUCCCUGGGUACCAGGAGACAGAAAAUGGAAGCUUUCGGGUCACUUCCAGCAGCUCCCAGUUCAGUUCACAUGACUCAACACAGUUCUCUGAUUCUGACUCUGCUGAUGAGGUUGAUGAAUUUGAAAUCCAAGAUGCUGACAUCAGAAGGAGCACAGCCUCAAGCAGCAAGUCCUUCAUCUCCUCCCAGUCUUUUUCUCACUCCUUCCUACACUCCACGUCUGCUGAGGCAGUGGCCAUGGGGCUCCUGAAGCAAUUUGAGGGGAUGCAGCUCCCUGCCGCCUCAGAGCUAGAGUGGCUAGUCCCAGAGCAUGAUGCCCCUCAAAAGCUCCUGCCCAUCCCCGACUCACUGCCCAUCUCUCCAGACGACGGGCAGCACGCUGACAUCUACAAACUGCGGAUCCGUGUUCGUGGGAACCUGGAGUGGGCCCCACCCCGGCCUCAGAUCAUUUUUAACAUUCAUCCAGCUCCAACAAGGAAAAUUGCUGUGGCCAAACAGAAUUACCGCUGUGCAGGAUGUGGCAUCCGGACUGAUCCUGAUUAUAUCAAGCGGCUGCGAUACUGUGAGUACCUGGGCAAGUACUUCUGUCAGUGCUGCCAUGAGAAUGCCCAGACGAUCAUCCCCAGCAGGGUUCUGCGAAAGUGGGACUUCAGCAAGUACUAUGUCAGCAAUUUCUCAAAGGACCUGCUCAUUAAGAUCUGGAACGAUCCUCUAUUCAAUGUGCAGGACAUCAACAGUGCCCUCUAUAGGAAGGUUAAGCUGCUCAAUCAAAUUCGGUUGCUGCGAGUCCAGCUGUAUCACAUGAAGAACAUGUUCAAGACAUGUCGACUGGCCAAAGAGCUUCUGGAUUCCUUUGACACAGUUCCAGGCCAUCUGACAGAGGAUCUUCACCUGUACUCAUUGAGUGACCUGACUGUAACCAGGAAGGGGGAGCUGGGGCCUCGGCUUGCUGAGCUCACCAAGGCAGGGGCUGCCCACGUAGAGCGAUGCAUGCUCUGCCAAGCCAAAGGCUUCAUCUGUGAAUUCUGUCAGAAUGAGGAUGACAUCAUUUUUCCUUUUGAGCUCCAUAAGUGCCGGACCUGUGAAGAAUGUAAAGCAUGUUACCAUAAAGCUUGCUUCAAGUCUGGAAGCUGUCCCCGGUGUGAGCGGUUACAAGCACGUCGGGAGUUGUUGGCCAAGCAGAGCCUGGAAUCCUACCUGUCAGACUAUGAGGAGGAACCCACUGAAGCCUUGGUCCUAGAAGCCACCAUCCUGGAGACCACCUGAAGAAAACACAUGCCACUCUCCACAUAGAGACUAGAGUCACAUAUAAUGCGGAACUGAGCCACCCUUAUUUUAAGGACUUUCUCCACUUGGGGCUUUUGUGUUUUUUUUU